CUGAAAAGCAGUCUCCUCCUUUCUGGUAAAAGUUGCCUCAAUCAUGAACCCUACAUUCAAAAGUUGUUCCAUAAACAAAUCAAUCAGUGCGUGGCAAACACUUAGGCUACAUAUCCAUGAUUCCCUUUACCUUCAAAUCUCCUUUUUCUUGCUACUCCAGUUGUCCACCAACUCUUUACUCAAUUCUCCAUUCUAUAAUCAGUGGCUUCACAGCUUUUUUUACUGUUAAAUCUAAAAGUCUCAAACUCAGUUUUUGCAAUCAUGUUUUCUUCGAAAGAAAUGCCUUCACCAUCAUCCUUGUUCUCUGCUUAUGCCUCUAUUGCCACUUCAUUCAUGCUAUUUCGAUCCAUGGCCAAUGAACUCAUUCCUUAUCCAAUAAGAAGCCACCUUUUCUCCGCUUUCCGCUUCUUCUUCAAGCCUCGAUCUUCUCUUCUCACCUUAGUCAUCGAUGAGUCAGCAGGAAUUGCGAGAAACCAAGUCUUUGAUGCGUCUGAAACCUACCUGUGCACUAAGGUUAGUCCAAACACUGAAAGGCUCAAAAUAAGCAAAACCCCCAGAGAGAAAAACUUGACAAUUAAGCUCGAGAAAGGAGAGAAAAUCGUCGAUUUCUAUGACGGGAUUGAGCUUAAAUGGAGAUUUGUCUGUACUGAGUCUCAAAAGAACGAUCCCAAUACUCAUAACCCUUUCAUGUCAAGAGCCGAGAAGCGAUCUUUCGAGCUUAUUUUCCACAAGAAACACAAGGAAAAAGUGCUGAGCUCCUACGUUCCUUAUAUUCUUGAAAAAUCAAGAGCAAUUAAAGAUGAACAAAGAGUCUUGAAGAUACAUACACUGAAUGCUUCACAAUCCUACGGUGGCAUCAAGUGGGAAUCCAUAAACCUUGAUCAUCCAGCAACAUUUGAGACUCUUGCUAUGGACCCAGAAGUGAGAAAAGCUGUCAUAGAGGAUCUGGAAAGAUUUGUGAGGAGGAAGGACUUUUACAAGAGAGUUGGGAGAGCAUGGAAGCGAGGGUACUUGCUUUAUGGGCCACCAGGGACUGGAAAAUCAAGCUUGGUUGCAGCCAUGGCUAACCACUUAAAGUUCGAUAUCUAUGAUUUGCAACUCGUAAACAUAAUGCGGGACUCCGAUCUGAGAAAAUUGUUGCUGGCAACUGGAAAUAGAUCAAUUCUUGUUAUUGAAGAUAUAGAUUGUAGUGUGGAUCUGCCUGAUCGACGCCUCCCUGAUGUACGUAAUAAUAAACAACAUGAUGUACAGUUGACACUGUCUGGGUUACUAAACUUCAUAGAUGGAUUAUGGUCGAGUUGUGGGGAUGAAAGAAUCAUUAUAUUCACCACCAACCACAAGGAAAGGCUAGACCCUGCUUUGUUGCGUCCAGGACGCAUGGACAUGCACAUUCACAUGUCCUUUUGCUCAUUUCAUGCCUUUAAGAUUUUGGCUUCCAAUUACUUGGCCAUCAAUUCCUACCAUCAACUCUUUCCACAUAUUGAAACCUUGUUAAACAAUGUAGACAUCACUCCGGCUCAGGUUGCUGAAGAGCUAAUGAAGAAUGAUGAUGCUGAUAUUGCACUCGAAGGACUUGUCAAGCUCCUCAAGAGAAAGAAAUUCCAAGAAGACGACCUCAAUAUUCAAGAUUCAAAGAGGCCAAAAAUUGACGGUAGGCGUAGAAACCCUGUUAGGACUCCUUCAAGGAGAAAAGCUAAAAGAAGAUAUUUGUAAU